AUGUCUACAGAAGCUGAUGAAAACAUAAAAAUACCUAGGAGGCGUAAAAAUUGUGUGAAUAAAGAAGAUUAUAAGAGUGAGAUUAUCAAAAAGGCGCGCUUAAAAGGAAAUCCAUAUAAAAACUGGAAAGGGAAUCUAAUACCUGGAAAGAUACCCGAUUCCGAUUGCAGUUGCAAAAAACUAUGUCUUCAACGUGUUAAUGAUGAUGAACGCCUUCAACUAUUCUGUAAUUUUAGUAGCUCAAAUACUAAAAAUGAACAGGAUAUUUACCUGCAGAGUUUGAUCAGUAUUCAAUAA